AUGAAGACAUCUUUUCAGCUCUCAAUUUUCUCUCUGGUUUUGUCUUGUAUACUUGGAGAGAUUUCUGCACAGAAAGAAGCAGAGUCUCUUAGAACCUGGAUGAACAGUUUGAACUCUCCCUUGCCACCUUCAUGGAACAACAGCAACAAUCCAUGCAACUGGACUGGCAUUACUUGCAACAAUGCAGGAAGUGUUGUUGAGAUAAAGCUCCCUAAUUCAGGCCUAGAUGGAACCCUGAACAGGUUUGACUUCUCAGCCCUUUCAAAUCUCAGUAACUUCAAUGUCAGUUUGAAUAACUUUGUUGGAGAGAUACCGGCUGGAAUUGGAAAUGCAACACAGCUGAAAGUACUUGAUUUGAGUAGCAACAAUUUCACCCUUUCAAUCCCCCCAGAGAUGGGAAACCUCCUACAACUUCAACUUCUUUCUCUCAAUAAUAAUUCACUCCUAAAUCAGAUACCAGUUCAACUUAGCAAUUUGCAGAAUAUAUGGUUUCUUGAUCUAGGGGCAAACUAUUUGGAGGAUCCUGACCCAAUUCAGUUUAAGGGCAUGGCAUCAGAAUUUGACAAUUCUAGACAUGACACAAAACCACUUAGAAGGGCUAAUUCCAGAAGAAAUUACGAACCUUUCAAACCUCAAACACCUAAGCUCGGACAAAACAAGCUUAAUGGUACUAUACCAAAGGAGAUUGGUCUCUUGCCAUACCUUGAGGUGCUUGAAUUGAAUCAAAAUUCCUUCCAAGGGCCAAUACCAUCAUCAAUUGGAAAUCUCCGUAACCUUCGGAGAUUGGAUGUUCACAACUCAGGAAUAAAUUCCAGCAUUCCAGCUGAGAUAGGCUUCUGCACCAACCUUACUUAUCUUGAUAUGUCAGGAAAUAGCCUUACAGGUUCCUUGCCACUUUCCCUGGCUUCAUUAACCAGGGUAAGAGAGUUGGCAAUCUCUUUUAACCAUUUAUCUGGAGAACUACAUCCAUCUCUUCUUUCCAGUUGGCCAGAACUCAUUUCUUUGCAACUCCAAUUGAAUGACCUAUCAGGAAGACUUCCACCUGAGAUUGACUCACUUCACAACAUCACCUUGCUCCUUUUUUCCAACCGGUUUUCUGGCCCGAUACCUCCAGAAAUAGGAAAGUUAUCAAGCUUACAACAUCUUGAUCUGUCGUAUAGUUCUUAUAACGGUUCAAUUCCACCAACCAUUGGAAAUUUACACAAUCUUAUCAAAUUAAAUCUGGCCUCAAACCAAAUAAAUGGAGCCCUUCCUCCUGAAAUAGUUGAUUUGGAAAGGUUACAGGUACUGGAUUUGAGUCAAAACCAGCUUGCAGGACCUUUGCCUUCCUCCAUAACCCGCUUGAAAAAUAUCAAUCUACUUUAUCUUCAUUACAACAAUUUCUCAGGAACUAUUCCUGAAGAUUUUGCACCUGCCUUUUUAAGCAAUGUGAGUUUUGACAACAACAGCUUUUCUGGAAAGCUCCCAUCCGGAAUAUGCAGAGGAGGGAAUCUUAUCUACUUGACAGCCAGUAUGAAUAAUCUUACAGGUCCAAUCCCAGAGAGUCUGAGAAACUGUUCUAGACUAAUCAGGGUGAUGCUUGGAAACAAUCUUCUCAGUGGAGACAUUACCAAUGCAUUUGGUAUAUACCCAUAUUUGAACUUCAUUGAUUUAGCACAUAACCAAAUCUAUGGUUUGUUAUCAAGUAACUGGGGAGAGUGCAAAACUCUCUCGAGUCUCAGCAUAGCUGCCAAUAAGCUACACGGAAAUAUUCCUCCAGAGCUUGGAAAAUUGCCAAGUUUACAAAAUCUUGACCUGUCUGAAAACAAUCUCACAGGAAAUAUCCCAGUAGAGCUUUUUAGAUCAUCAUCUAAACUACUCAAACUAAAUUUGAGCAACAAUUAUCUCUCAGGUCAGAUACCAAAAGGGAUAGGAGAACUCUCACUGCUGCAGUUUCUGGACUUAUCAGCCAACGAUCUGAGUGGGCCAAUUCCAAAAGAACUAGGAAACUGCCAGAAACUAAUAUUCUUGAAACUGAGCACGAAUAACUUAGAUGGACAUAUCCCAUUUGAUCUUGGGAAUUUGCUCGAAAAUUUGAUAUCACUGGAGGUUUUGAAUCUUUCUCAUAAUCAGCUUUCUGGGACAAUACCAUCUGUUCUCAAAGGACUAAUCAGCCUUCAGUUAAUUGAUAUAUCCCACAACAAACUUGAAGGUCCCCUCCCAGACCAAGAAGCUUUUCUUAAUGCUACAGCAGAAGCACUGGCUGGCAAUGCAGGUCUAUGUACUGGUUCUGCUGGCAAUGCAAAUCUGAAUCCGUGUGGUGGAGGGAAAACCAAAGCAAGUAAGAAACAUAAGCUGGUAAUUGCUGUAGUCAUUCCAGUCGUUGCCUUAAUCAUUAUUCUAUUAAUUCCCCUUGGAGUUUUCGUCUUCCGGCGUUAUCAUACAAUUGAUCAAGAUGAAAAGUACAAGAGUUCAGAUGGAAAUAACUCAUUCUUCAUAUGGAAUUAUAGGAAUAUGAUAGAGUUCAAGGAUAUAUGUGCUGCAACUGAGAAUUUCAGUGAUAAGUAUUGCAUUGGGGUAGGAGGACAGGGCAAUGUCUACAAGGCAGUGCUUCCAACAGGUGAGACUUUUGCAGUGAAAUGUCUACACCAGCAUGAGGAAAUGGACUUCUCUAGAUACCAAAUAAAGAAUCUUACCUCUGAAAUCCAUGCAAUAACUAACAUUCGUCAUCGAAAUAUUGUAAAAAUGUGUGGCUUUAGUUACUUUUAUGGCUCCAUGUUUUUUAUAUACGAGUAUGUAGAGAGAGACUCUUUGGCAAAGGUGUUGCAGAAGGAACAGGAGGCAAAGAUCUUGACCUGGGACAUUAGGCUAAACAUGAUAAAAGGGUUAGCAAAUGCCCUAUCAUACCUGCACCAUGACUGCGUACCCAGCAUUAUUCACCGAGACAUUUCAGGAAACAAUAUUCUGUUGAACUCAGAAUAUGAGCCUAAGAUCUCUGACUUUGGCACAGCAAGGUUGGUUAAAAAUGGAGAAUCAAAUUGGACUGCACCGGCUGGUUCAUAUGGCUACAUGGCACCAGAACUUGCAUUUUCAAUGAAGGUGACAGAAAAAUGUGACGUUUACAGUUUUGGGAUUGUUGCCCUAGAAAUUCUGGCAGGGAAAUACCCUGAUGAGUUCCUUCUGAGUUUAGAAUCUGGGGAAUUUAAUCAACAAAAUUUAGAUUUCCUAGACAAGAGGCCUCCUCCUCCUGAAGGUACUGAUGCUCAAAUGCUAAUGUUGGUAGCAAGACUUAUUCUAAAAUGCAUCGACAAAGAUCCUUUGUGUCAACCCACCAUGACGCAUGUGUCCCAAGUGUUGCUCCCACUCUCUGUCCCUAGCUUUCAACAUGUUCACACUUCACAAUCUACUCCUUAA